AAAAACAAAAACAACCUCUGUGCUAAUCACGUGCUUGUGUAUAUGAUUAUAUGUGUUUAGCUAGCUAGCUAGCUAGCUAGCUGCUCAGCUUUGGGUGGACGAGUUGAGUUUAGCGGACUGGUUAGCAUCAGCUUAGCUGCUCGUGAACGAUGAGGCUGAAUCCCAAAUGGCUUCCUAGUUUCUCUUUAAAGUGCACUGUAUCAGGUAAGAAACAGCACGUGCGCCCUAUGUAGUGCACUCCCUUAGUGUGGAGGCAGUUUGGGAUUUAACCCGGAAACUGAAAGCAGGCCCCUUUUGCGCUCGAGCGGUAUCACCAAAAGAGCUAUUGUCACAUUAUACUUGAAAUUUUUUUAUUGUUUUAUCCUGUUAAAACUGUCCAAAUGUGCAAACCCGAAUGAUGUAUGGAGAGUAAAGAAGUCUAUCUAGUAACGCACUUAAACUAGCUGGGUUUGUUUUGGGUUCAGAAACCUCAGGAGCUUGUUUGGUCUCCACCACGCUUCUUCUGGACUUUUUGUGCUCUUGAUUACAGAGUUCCCUCCUAUUACCUGCUGCCUGCUUGCCACCUCCUGUGCUUUGGUCUUCAUCCUGAACCAAGAUGCCAGCUGCACUUGCAGACACCAGUCAGAUCAUCUGCGAGGUCUGGGCCAGCAACGUGGACGAGGAGAUGAGGAAAAUCCGCCAGAUCGUUCAGAAUUACAACUACAUCGCUAUGGACACGGAGUUCCCCGGCGUGGUGGUUCGACCCAUCGGAGAAUUUCGCAGCACUGUCGAUUAUCAGUAUCAGCUCCUGCGCUGCAACGUGGACCUGCUGAAGAUUAUUCAGCUCGGCCUGACCUUCAUGAACGAAGACGGCGACUAUCCACCCGGGACCACCACCUGGCAGUUCAACUUCAAGUUCAAUUUAACAGAGGACAUGUACUCCCAGGACUCCAUAGACCUUCUGCAGAACUCGGGCCUUCAGUUCAAGAAGCACGAGGAAGAAGGGAUCGAUACUCUGUACUUCGCCGAGCUCCUCAUGACCUCGGGUUUGGUGCUGUGUGAAAACGUGCGGUGGCUCUCCUUUCAUAGUGGAUACGACUUCGGCUACCUGGUGAAGCUCCUCACGGACGCUCGGCUCCCGGAAGAGGAGCACGAGUUCUUUCAGAUCCUGAACCUCUUCUUUCCUGCCAUCUACGAUGUGAAAUAUCUCAUGAAGAGCUGCAAAAACCUGAAGGGUGGACUUCAGGAAGUCGCAGACCAGCUGGAGCUGAAAAGGAUCGGGAGACAGCAUCAGGCCGGCUCGGACUCGCUGCUGACCGGAAUGGCCUUCUUCAGGAUGAAAGAGUUAUUUUUCGAAGACAACAUCGACGACGCCAAGUACUGCGGGCGGCUCUACGGCCUGGGCUCGGGUUCUUCUCAGACUCAGAACGGCAUCUCCAACUCGUCGCAAGAAGAAGCCAACAACAAGCACUGACCUCCGACGCCACCACGCACUUGUUUUUAAAUCCCUCGGAGCAGAGAAGAGCAGAUACUGGGUUUAUUAUUUUUUUCCCCCUCCAUCCCUCAACCACAUCAGAACGGUGGAGAAAAACGAGCAGUUCUGCUCUUACACCCGGUCCUUUCACCCAAACAAACGGAAACAUCCCGUCACAGCUCUCCCGCGUAGCGGCUGUUUCCCAGCGCGUCAUUCCUCCCGGACAUUUUAUUCGUUUGUUUUACAGCAUUAAACAACUGAAACAAAUCUCUCUAUAUUUUUUAAGCACAGGACUAGCACCUCGUAUCUCACAGCUAACAAGAUCCACAGCAUUUUUAAUAUGCUCCACCAGCAGUUUGGCACAAUCUCGUUUCGGAUUGCUUUUCUUAAAAAAAACAAAAAAAAAACAAAACAAAAACGAGGCUUGAAGAGAUCCGGUGUCGUACCUACAGGCAACGAGGAAACAUCUGUUCAGUGCUGUGAUAUUUUAAAUUAUGCUGCGAAGUAUUGUGUAUUAAAAUGUAAAACUUUCAAAGGAGCCAAUCUUUUAGCAUUUUUCCUAUGAAAGAGAAAGAAAAAAAAAAGUGUUUUAAAUCCGGACAUCUUUGUUAUGGAGUAAGGUGCAGGGAUACACUGGUUCUGUGCAGAAACGUCUUUUAAUUUGUCCACCAUGAAAUAGAUUGUUUGUGGUACGUGUUGUUUUUAUUCCAUCCGAUGUUUCAAACUCUUGUAUAUUAAAAUGUUUUCUAUCAAAAUAUGUUACUUUUUUCUUUUUUCUUUUUUUUUUUCUAUAAAAAAAACAAACAAAAACAACUAAACAAAACGUCUAUCGCAAUGCGGCAACACCGGUCCGAGUUAAAAGAAGCUGACGUCUGGGAUUAUGUGAGUAAUGUUAUGUGUGAUUAUUAAAAGGAAAUAUUUGAAUCAUUUUAUAUUGUACUUUUAAUUUUGCACAUUUUUAUUUUUUUUCAUUAUUGUAAACAUGAUGUAUAAGAGUAUCUGAGCCUUCAUGUGAAAAACCUGUCAGCAAUUUAGGGUGAGGAAAGACUAAAAAUAAUUAAAUUUGAAAAAAAAAGAAAAAAAAAGAAGGAAAGAUAGAAAUCUGAAGUAAACUGAACUAAAAUCUAAUAAAUCAAAAUAAAAUGUAAAGUUUAAAGAGAUUAAAAAAAAACAAAAACAGCUAAACCUAAAAACCCAGACUAAAUCAAAGUGCUGUUAAAAAAUGAAGGAAAAAAAUUAGAAUUAAAUAGAAAAAUUAAUUAAAAAUCAUGCUAAACCAAAAAAUUAAAUAAAAAAAAUAAAAUCAAAACUAAAUCUAAAAAUAAAGAAAUCAGAAAUAAACCUAAAAAUUGUGAUUUAGUCUGGGUUUUGUUAAAGAAAAAACUAAAUCUAAAAAAUUAGUAUGACCUUUUUUAUAUAUAUCAAAGUUAAAUCUACUAAAUUUUUAAAAAAUAAUCUAAGCCUAAAAAUAAUUAAAAACUUCACCUUGUCAUAAAAUCGGUCUGCGUUUAGCAAAGCGUUAUCAGACGCUGUUGAUUAAUUUUCUAUAACCUCUGCUACGAGAUUCUAUUAAUACGUUAUUGCUUCUACAGCGACGCCUCGUUCACAGGGACCCGGACAGCGCUGUUUGACGUGUAAAUAAUGUGUGUGUUCUUCUAGCAAAUGUUUUGAACAUCAUCUGAGGAAGAACGCUAACAUACGAGGGGUGGACACCAUAAAUAAAAUUCGCUAUCUAUCCAUCCAUCCAUCGUGCAGUAGAUAGCGUUACCACCUCACAGCGCCAUGAUCUGAGAUCAGGGUCCCGUCUGUCUGUCUGUCUGGCGUUCCAGAUGUUCUCACCGCCUCCACACGGGUU